AUGAAACAUAAAGAAAAAAAGAAACAUCUGGAAAGUAAGUAUUUCAUCAAAACUGCAAGGAUGUCAAGAGGCCCCUGCAAAGCCCAACAGGAUGCGCCUCAGUCAUUUGUGGAGGCCCCAGGCUGUAGUCAGGCAGCAGGAGAAAAUACAUCCUCCUCUGAAUAUUUCACCUGUGUGUCUUCACCGUACAAGCUUGCCCAUCAUGAGGAGGAUGAACCCGGCAACAUUCAAGGGGAUGUGCCUCAGACUCAGUCAUUCAUGGAGGCCCCAGGCUAUAAUCAGGCAGCAGGAGAAAAUGCAUCCUCCUCUGAAUAUUUCACCUGUGUUUCCUCACCAUCAAAGCUUCCCCGUCUUAAUGAAGAUGGAAUCAAGGAGAGACCUGUACCCAAGGACUUGGUGGAAACAAAGAGUUCCUCUGACUAUACAUAUACCUACAGUUCUUCACCUUCAGCUAGUAAUAAGGAUCCCUUUAUGUCCUCAGUACAUGGGACAGAUCUAAGGCUCAUGAAAAUUUACUAUACGCAUGUACAAAUGAAAAGGGGUGUGGCUGUCUUGUGCCAGACAGAGGAAGGAUGGGAGCCUCCCUCAAAAAAGACCAAAAUAGAAGAAAUGACCUAUAUUGAAGAGGUCCAUAAAAAUGUCCCCCUCUCUCACACGCCUGGGAAGAAUCUCCCAAUUGACCCUGAGCCCAGCGUAGACAGUCGAGCCCAAGAGAUGAGGGAGAAGGCUGACUGUCCCACAAAACCUCCAACUCAGGUGGUGCAUCGCAGGGUCUCAUUGCGGAAGGCCCUGGAGAGCGGGUUCAGGUGCAUGGCUUGCUGCCACGUAUUCCCUACCUUGGAGCUCCUUCAGGAGCAUGUGGAGAACGGCGUCAGGGAGGGCUUCAGCUGCCAUGUGUUUCAUCGCGCCAUGGCUCAUAUGAAAUACAAAAGGCUUAAGAGGAAGAACAAGAAACUUAUGAAAGCAACAUUACGUUGCCAGGAGGAAAAACAUUUUGACACAAAGACCAACUUGAAGAACUAA